CAGCCGGGCGGGCGGGCGGCGGGCACGGCGCCGCCGAUGGACGCAGGGCCGGCCCGCGGGCGCGGCGCGGCGGCGUAGCGGCAGGCAGGGCGCCCGGCCAGCGCCGCUGUGGCGGCGGCAGCGCGCUGAGGAGCGGGGCGCAGGCGGCCGCUGGCAUGCGGGGGACAGGCGGGCAGCCCCGGCCCGCCGCGAUCCGGCACUGACGUAAAUUAUUGACCAGAAGAUGGCCCAGCGAAGCCCAAUCUUCCCAACUCUUGCCCCUUCUGAAAGGCGGGUUCGAAACAUACCGCUGCACAGCCAGGCGCUGACGGCGGUCCCGCUGGCAUCCGCGAGCCUUGUGGAUCAGCUGGAAGACAGAAUCCUAAGCCAUGAGAAAACAACGGCGGCUCUUGUGGAACACGCUUUUCGCAUUAAGGAGGACAUUGUUUCCACUCUGCACAGAAUGCAGAACAAAGGGGGGGGUGACCGGUUGGCUAGGCAACUCUUGGAAGAACAUAUCCGAAACAUAACGGCAAUAGUGAGGCAGCUCAACCGGGACAUCGAGAUGCUGCAGGAACAGAUACGUGUCAGAGACAAUCUCAGCUAUGGAACAAAUUCUACCCUGAAGAGUCUGGAAAUGCGGCAGCUUUCUGGUUUAGGAGAUCUUCGGGGAAGAGUUGCAAGGUGUGACGCUGGGUUAGCCAGACUGUCUGCAGAGCAUAAAAUUACCUAUGAAAGACUUCAGAGCCUAAGUAAAGACCAACACACCUCCAAGCUCAUCUUAGAGUCUAAAAUCAAAGAGGCAGAAAUACAGAUUUCUCACCUCCUGAGCAGAGUAGAGCAGUCCAUCGUGCAGCAGGAGGCGAAGCUGAAGCUGGCCUACAAGGAGAGCAGCCAGCAGCUCCACCUGCUGGACAUGAAAUUAAAAAAUGCUAUUGAGGAACUCAGCAGCCAGAUUUUGUCUGCACGUAGCUGGUUGGAACAGGAACAUGAAAGGAUUGAAAAAGAGCUUGUGCAAAAAAUUGACCAACUCUCAUUGACUUUUAAGGAAAACACUGAAAUGAGUGAAAGAGCUAUAGAGAUGAAAUUUAACCAAAUGGCAGAGAAAAUUGACAAAAUAGAAGAAAUACAGAAGAUAACCAUGGAAACACAGGAAGCAAAACAGACUGAAGAAAAGAUAAACAUUCGCAUCGGCAAACUUCAAAAUGAGAUAAAUGAAGAUAUAAAAGAAAUGAAAGCUGAAGUUAAUGCUGGAUUUGCAGCUAUCUACGAGAGCAUUGGGUCUCUACGGCAAGUUCUAGAAGCAAAAAUGAAGCUGGACAGAGACGAACUACAGAAGCAGAUCCACCAAAUGAAGCAGGAGGUUCCAGCAUGGGGAGAGCCUGGACCAUGACUGCAAGGUUUUGUCCAAGAGAUUCACGUUUACCUGGCUAAACAGGCAGACUACGAUCUUGUUCCAGCCUGUAAUCCAAAUGAAAUGCAUGUACCAAAUGACACGCUGCUGUUGCGCACGUGCGUGUGUUUACUCGAGGCGGUAAAUGCAAGCCAAGCUCUUCACAGAUCAACUGACAACAUGCUCUUAGGGCUGAGGUGCUCAUUUGCCACUGCAGUACUCUAGUUGCUCUCAGGAGGUUAAGCACCAUGUAAAACUGGAGUAAUAUAUUGGUGAAGCUGGCACCUAAUUUGCGAAAGGUAUCCCAGUGCUCCCCAGUUUCACAGGCUUGAUCAGGCAGGUAUAUGCUUUUAUUUAUCUACAUAUAUGUGUAGAUAAGCACCUGCACACACACACACACCCUUUAAAAAAAAAACCCACACCAAAAAACCAAAACCAAACCAAACACCCCCAAAUUGAUAUCAUUUGUUUAACAUCAGUUUGGCAAGAUUCUCUACCUUGAUACAAAUUAGUUAAUUGAAUUCAGUGGCCAUUUUUAUGGUUUAUUUUACUAUUGACUUCCUGGGGAGACAGAAUUGGCACCAAACAGACCAGUUUUCAAAACCUAGAUACCAUCAGAAAAUCGUUCAGUUCUGCAGAUAUCUUCUCUGUGUAUGUGUAAACUAAGUAGUGUUAUACAAUGUAGUGGUAGACUAAGAUGAUUCAUGAACAGUGUUAAGAAACUUAACUCGUGGUCUUAAGUAUUGUGACCUUUUUUUAAUUAAUAGCCAAGUGGAGUUGAGACAAAGUAAAAGAUGUAUAUAGAGUAUUUUAUAACUGGGCAUGUGUUCCUGUGACUUGUUUCAUUAUAUUGGUAAAAACUUUGAAAGGUUUGAAAACAAAAGGGAAGGUGAUAAUCUAAGAUACUCUAGAGAAUGUAAAAUAAAAUGCAGUUUACAAUCUGCUUAAAAGCUUUUAUUAAACAACUGAUUCUUUUAAUUUAUGUGACUUCAAUAAUUCAGUAGAUUCAAAUUGCUAAUUGCAUUCACAGUAUUUCCAAAUAAUAAUGGUGCUUGUUUCCAUUCCCAGAACAGAUUAAAUCAUGAAAAUCAGCACCCACAUGGCAUAUGAAUCUACACAGGAGAAUAUAUAUAUGUUGAUUUUAUAUCUUCAUUCAUAGCUCAAGAUUGCUCCUCAUAUUUGUAAAUCAUGCAGGAUUGAGCACUCAUGAAUAAAAGGCCUUAUACAGUAUCCUAUUAGUUUAUAAUAUUAAUAGUAAAUCAUGUACAAAACCACUAUUAAUUUACACAAGCAUUAUUGUUAACGUAAAUAAAUCAAUUGGACAUCCCUGCA